AUGCGAAUCUGAUGGUGCGUUUGUUUACUAGGGGAAAACGUUCUGAUCAUCUUUUAUGCAGGCCAAAAUUUUCGAGAAACGGGCCGGAAGUCUAGACGAAGGAAACCCCAACAACAGCUCUCGCGAUCACGGUAGCUCGAUCAAGAUGCUCGAUCUACCGUUAGUUUCCAGUCUUUCUCCAAGUCUCCAUGAUCCGAUCGUGUCUGUCACAUUAACUUCGUUAGGUAUAGCGUCAAUUCUGGUCUAAAACAAUGUUACUUCGACGAGCAUUUGGUCGGCUUUCCACUACCUCAACUUCUCAACUAACAGAGAAACUUGUAAUCCGAUUAAGCUCAUCACAGGCUGCCAACAAACCAAAGAAAACUACCCAACUUAGAAAGAUGUUGGAAUCACCAGAAUUAGAAUUUAUCAUGGAGGCCCAUAAUGGAUUAAGUGCUAAAAUAGUGCAAGAGGCAGGCUUUAAGGGUAUAUGGGGUAGUGGUUUGUCAAUAUCAGCACAGCUGGGAGUGCGAGACAGCAAUGAAGCAUCAUGGACACAAGUAAUGGAGGUGAUGGAGUUCAUGAGUGAUGCAACAGACAUUCCAAUUUUACUGGAUGCUGACACUGGUUAUGGUAACUUCAAUAAUGCCCGGCGUUUGGUGACAAAACUUGAACAGAGAGGCAUUGCUGGAGCCUGCAUUGAGGACAAGCUUUUCCCAAAGACAAACUCUUUGUUGGAUGGCAGGGCACAGCCUCUGGCAGAUAUUGAUGAGUUCUGUGCAAAGAUCAAAGCUUGUAAAGAUACACAGUCAGACCCUGAUUUUAGUAUUGUGGCGAGAGUUGAAGCUUUUAUUGCUGGAUGGGGCCUGGAUGAAGCACUCAAGAGAUCUGAAGCUUACCUCAAUGCAGGAGCUGAUGCAAUCUUGAUGCACAGCAAGAAAUCUGAUCCUUCAGAUAUUGAAGCUUUUGUAAAAGCUUGGAAUAACCAGGGCCCAGUAGUGAUAGUUCCAACCAAGUAUUACACAGUACCAACAGAUCAGUUUAGGGAUUGGGGUGUUUCACUUGUGAUCUGGGCCAAUCACAACAUGAGAGCUGCAAUCUCAGCUAUGCAGGAUGUCACACAACAGAUCUACAAUGACCAGUCUUUGGUCAAUGUAGAAAAGAAGGUUGUGCCAGUGAAGGAGGUUUUCCGCCUUCAAAAAGAUGAUGAAUUAAAGGAAGCAGAAAAGAAAUACCUACCUGAAAAAUAGACUUAAUAUAAAAAAUUGUGGAAAUAUUCUAUGGUCUUCCAAGAAACCCAAUCAGAUAUAUUAAAAUUAUACUUGUUCACUAUGAGGCUCAGGUGAAUCAUUAUGAUUCAGGUUUCCAUGUCAGGUAGAAUUUCAAUAUGUAUAAUUGGGCCUAGACACUAGCUGCUUUUAAUUUAUGGAAAAUAUUAUUAUUAAUAAAGGGAUCAAAAGAUUUCUUAACGGA